AGAAAAUUAAAGUUAUUAAAUUUGAUUAGCAGUAAAGAUAAUGUAAAAAUCUAUCACAGCCAGAAUUUUAUUCUAAAAGCAUUUAUAUUUUAUGAACCAAAACUGACACUAAAUUUGUUUUUUGGAAGAAGUAUGCUGAUUUUAGCAGUAUACACUUCAUGGAUUGUCUCUGUUGUGCUGCUGGAUUCAUGAUGAAAGAGUCUUUUUUUUUGCACAAAUGAAACUGUGACAUCAUGGGAAGUGUUUCAGUGAAAAUGAAAAUGAAACUCAGCUGCUCUGAGGUUAGAUCCUGCAGGUUGUCACGUCUUUUAUAGCAGACAUGGAGGGAGACUGUGAGGAGAAAACCACCAGACCGGAGGGAGAAGAAAGAGGAAACAGAAGUGCUGCAGAUGCUGCAGAGAGUGGACCAGAGGACAGCAGACUGUCUCUGAUCACCUGGAACGUGGACGGUCUGGAUGGUGAGGAGCAGCCAGAGAGAGCCAGAGGCCUCUGCUCCUGCUUGACCUCACACUCCCCUGACGUGGUGCUUCUGCAGGAGAUGAUCCAACCCUACAUCCGCUUCCUCCACAAACGUCUGACCGCCACCUACACGUUCAUCCAAGGCGGUGAUGAGGGUUAUUUCACCGUGAUGCUGCUGAAGAAGUCUCGGGUGUCUCUGCUGGACAGUCAGAUAGUCGAGUAUCCGAACACUCGCAUGAUGAGGAACCUGCUCCAGGCUCAGGUGAUGUUCAGAGGCCAGAAGCUCUGCCUGAUGACGUCCCACUUUGAGAGCUGUAAGGACUACGCAAGAGAACGGAUGAGGCAGCUGCAGCUGGUGAUGAAGAGGAUGGACGAAGCUCCUGAUGACGUCGCCGUGCUGUUUGGAGGCGACACCAACCUGAGAGACGCUGAGGUGGCCAAAGUGGGUCUGCCCAGCAGCGUCUGUGACGUCUGGGAGCAGCUGGGAGAGCCGGAGAGCUGCCGCUACACCUGGGACACUCAGCUCAACACCAACAAGGACGUUCACUUCAAGUGCCGCCUUCGCUUCGACCGGGUCUACCUGCGGAGGCCGGCCCAGGACGGACCCCCACGGCUGGAACCUGACAGCAUGGCUCUGGUGGGGCUGGAGAAGCUCCGGUGUGGACGCUACAUCAGCGACCACUGGGGCAUCUACUGCACCUUCUCUGUCCAGUAGGAAACAGUGUCCGCUACUUUUAUUGAAAGAUUCUAAAAAUGCACAACCUCUUGUCUUCAUGUCUUCAUCAUACACACCCAACAUCCACUGACACACAGCAGAAAAAUAACUAAAGUAAAAUAAGUUAGGGGUGUCAAACAUGCGGCCCGAGGGCCAAAAUCGGCCCUCCAGAGGGUCCAAUCCAACCCUCAAAGUGUAAAAAUUUUUCAUUCUGUUUCUUAUUUUUGUCAUUUUGUGUCUCAUUUUUGUAAUGCUUUGUCUUGUUUUUGCUGAUUUUUUUGUCUGUCUUUUGUUGUUUGCCUCAGGUUUUCAUCAUUUUGGGUUUCCUUUUUGUCUCACUUGUGUUUUUUGUCCAUUUUUUUGUCAUUUUGUUUCUGGCUUUGUUGUGGCUUCUCUGCAUGUUUGCAGGGUGGGUUGGGGGUGGGCAUGGGUGGUGGGGAGAUAUGAGUGUUCCUUUGUGUCUUCCUUGUACUGUGUGGGUGUGGAGGGGUGGAACGGAUAGAAUCGUUUUUAAUCUGUAAAGCACUUUGUAUUGCAAUUUCUUGUAUAAAAAGUGCUAUAUAAAUAAAGUUUUGAUUGAUUUGUCCAUUUUUUGUCACUUUAUAACUUUUUGUAAAAUUUUGUGUUUCUUUCGUUUGUCUCAUUUUUUGUCAUUUUGUGUCUCAUUUUUGUAAUAUUUUUUGUUUUUUUGUCUUUUUUUUUACACACUUUUCUCAUUUUGAUCAUAAAGUACUAUACUAUAUCAUUCAGAUCCAGAUGACUAAAUGUUUUUUUCCUCUGUAGACUCUCUCUCUUUUUUUUAAAGAAAUGUCAAUUUGUUCAUAUUUUUUUGUGAGAAGACAAUUCAUUAAAUGAAUCAUUUUCAGAAUGGAUUUUUUACACUAAAACAAAGAAAAUAUUAGAUAUUAAAGGUUAUUAUGCUGUGAUUUUACCGGUCCUGUAUGCGGCCUCUGGACUAAAAUAAACUGGUAUAAAUGUU